UAAUUCAUCGACUUCCUUGCAUUUUUCCUUCACAAGCCACUGUGAACGGUUCAGAAAUAACGAAAGUGGAAAAAGAGAACAAUUUCGAACAUGGGAAAAUUAAUAUGUCUGUUUCUACUUUUAAUUGUUUCAAAGAAUCUCGUAUUGGGUCGUUCUAUGAUAUUUCGAGACAAUUUCUUAUCGGGUCUAAGAUACAUAAGGUCGGCUGAAAAUGAAAAUCCGGAAAUUAAAACGAGUAACGAAAAUACACAGAACGACGACCCUAAUAUAAAUAUCAAUAAAUUGGAUGAUAGCAACUCAAAAAAAUUAAAGAAUAAUAAUGAAAAUUCCAAGGAAGAUCAUAAUUAUUUUAAAUAUAUAUUUGGAGGCCAUACAAAACCUGAUAAUUCAAAAGAUUCACAAAAUGAAUACGAUGAAGAGAGUAAAAAAUCACAUGACUCAAAAAACGGAGAAGGUAAUAACUCCAAUAUAAACAAUGGAAGUGGAAGUAGUUCUAUAAACACUGGAAAGACUGGAAAUAGCAAACAACAAAGUACAGAAGACAACGAACAUAGUUCAGAAACCAGCAAUGACUCUAAACAGAAAGAUAGUUCAGGAAAAAACAAGAAUUCUAAAGAAAAAGGCAGUUCAGAAAACAGCAAUGAUUCUAAAGAUGGCAACAGUUCAGAAGGCAGCAAUCAUUCUAAAGACAACGAACAUAGUUCAGAAACCAGCAAUGACUCUAAACAGAAAGAUAGUUCAGGAAAGAACAAGAAUUCUAAAGGAAAAGGCAGUUCAGAAAACAGCAAUGACUCUAAAGAUGGCAACAGUUCAGAAGGCAGCAAUCAUUCUAAAGACAAUAACAGUUCAGAAACUACCAAUGACUCUAAACAGAAAGAUAGUUCAGAAAAGAACAAGAAUUCUAAAGGAAAAGGCAGUUCAGGAAACAACAAUGACUCUAAAGAUGGCAACAGUUCAGAAGGCAGCAAUCAUUCUAAAGACAAUGAUAGUUCAGAAACUACCAAUGACUCUAAACAGAAAGAUAGUUCAGGAAAAAACAAGAAUUCUAAAGGAAAAGGCAGUUCAGGAAACAGCAAUGACUCUAUAGAUGACAACAGUUCAGAAGGCAGCAAUCAUUCUAAAGACAAUGAUAGUUCAGAAACUACCAAUGACUCUAAACAGAAAGAUAGUUCAGGGAAGAACAAGAAUUCUAAAGGAAAAGGUGGUUCAGGAAACAGCAAUGACUCUAUAGAUGACAACAGUUCAGAAGGCAGCAAUCAUUCUAAAGACAAUGAUAGUUCAGAAACUACCAAUGACUCUAAACAGAAAGAUAGUUCAGGAAAAAACAAGAAUUCUAAAGGAAAAGGCAGUUCAGGAAACAGCAAUGACUCUAAAGAUGGCAACAGUUCAGAAGGCAGCAAUCAUUCUAAAGACAAUGACAGUACAGAAACCAGCAAUGACUCUAAACAGAAAGGUAGUUCAGGAAAGAACAAGAAUUCUAAAGGAAAAGGCAGUUCAGGAAACAGCAAUGACUCUAUAGAUGGCAACAGUUCAGAAGACAGCAAUCAUUCUAAAGACAAUGAUAGUUCAGAAACUACCAAUGACUCUAAACAGAAAGGUAGUUCAGGAAAGAACAAGAAUUCUAAAGGAAAAGGCAGUUCAGGAAACAGCAAUGACUCUAUAGAUGGCAACAGUUCAGAAGACAGCAAUCAUUCUAAAGACAAUGAUAGUUCAGAAACUACCAAUGACUCUAAACAGAAAGGUAGUUCAGGAAAGAACAAGAAUUCUAAAGGAAAAGGCAGUUCAGGAAACAGCAAUGACUCUAUAGAUGGCAACAGUUCAGAAGACAGCAAUCAUUCUAAAGACAAUGAUAGUUCAGAAACUACCAAUGACUCUAAACAGAAAGGUAGUUCAGGAAAGAACAAGAAUUCUAAAGGAAAAGGCAAUUCAGGAAACAGCAAUGACUCUAUAGAUGACAACAGUUCAGAAGGCAGCAAUCAUUCUAAAGACAAUGAUAGUUCAGAAACUACCAAUGACUCUAAACAGAAAGGUAGUUCAGGAAAGAACAAGAAUUCUAAAGGAAAAGGCAGUUCAGGAAACAGCAAUGACUCUAAAGAUGGCAACAGUUCAGAAGGCAGCAAUCAUUCUAAAGACAAUGAUAGUUCAGAAACUACCAAUGACUCUAAACAGAAAGGUAGUUCAGGAAAGAACAAGAAUUCUAAAGGAAAAGGCAGUUCAGGAAACAGCAAUGACUCUAUAGAUGGCAACAGUUCAGAAGACAGCAAUCAUUCUAAAGACAAUGAUAGUUCAGAAACUACCAAUGACUCUAAACAGAAAGGUAGUUCAGGAAAGAACAAGAAUUCUAAAGGAAAAGGCAGUUCAGGAAACAGCAAUGAUUCUGAAAAUAAUGAUAGUUCAGAAGAUAAUACAAAUUCCAAAAACGAUCAUAACAAUAAAAAACACAAAAGAAGUGAAAAUAGUAAUAAUACAGGAUCAUCUGAUAAUUCUAGCAAUAAUAAUAAUAAUAGUAAUAACACUGGGAUUAGCUUAACAGGAACAGAAGGAAACAGUUCAAUGUCUGGAGGGAAUACCCUUUCUAACUUAUUAAAGUUAGUAUAUAAUCUACUGUCUUCCAUACUGGAUUUCAUAAUAAACUUGAUCACAUCACCUAUCAGAGGCAUAAUAAACUUCGUCACAUCACUUAUCAAAGGCAUAGUAAACUUGGUCUCAUCACUUUUCAGAGGCAUAGUUGAACUUUUAACAUCUAUACCAUCUGUAUUAGAAAACCUACUUCAAGGAAUUGUUAAUCUUGUACGAAACAUAUUCUUUAAUCCCUCAAACAUACUUGAAUACUUGCUAAAAGCUAUAACCGAUCUCCUCGAUAGUGUACUUAAUAUUGUUGAAUCAUUACUAAGCAAUAUUUUAGACGCAGUUGUAAAAUUCUUAGAAUCAAUCUUACCCAAAAGUUUAACAUCAUUGCUUGGCAUUUAAGAUUUUGUUUCCAAUUAAUAAUCGACAAUGUCUUAUAUCCAUUAUAUGUAAAACAAUAAAAACAUUAAUCAAAAUUA